AUGGAGGGAUCAGCAGCCUGGAUUUUCCUCAUCUUUCUUGUCUUGCAACAGUACAUUUCAGCUCAAGUUUCCACAGCUGCCAAAGAGAGCCAGCCCAGACUCCAGAAAUCGAAACAGGAUCGGAGGAAUCAGAAACUGAGUAACAACGAGGUACAGAAACUGCGCUCAGAUGUGACGGAGUGGACCUCCUGGUUCAACAUCGACCAUCCUGGUGGGCAUGGAGACUUCGAGCGGCUGGAAGCGAUCCGCUUCUACUACCGGGAGCGCGUGUGCGUGCGGCCCACAUCCAUCGAGGCACGCACCACCGACUGGGUGAAGGCGGACCAGACCGGGGAGGUGGUCCAUUACAGCCCCGACAAGGGCUUCUGGUGUGUGAACAAGGAGCAGCCACGGGGCAGGGUUUGCUCCAACUACCACAUUCGAUUCAAGUGCCCUCUAGUUCACACCCGCUGGUCACAGUGGUCGGAGUGGAGUCCGUGUACGGCCACAGCCUGUGGCAGACAGGGAGUCCAAGCUCGGCAGCGGACUUGCACGGAUAACGUGCGUUUUCGGUAUCUCACACGUCCGAGGUGCCAGGGAAAAGCCAUCGAGCAUCGAGAAUGCAACAUGCCCCCAUGUCAAGAGGCACUUUGGACAGAAUGGGGAUCUUGGACUGCAUGUUCGGUCACCUGCGGCAGCGGCCAUACCCUACGCCACCGAAAUUGUGUCCAGACCUCAGAUGGGCAGACUUGUGUUGGUCGACCAAUUGAAGUUAAAAAAUGCACGGGAUCGCCUUGCUCAGGAUGUCACCUGGUGUGCACGAUGGGCCGGGUGAAUGAAGAAUGCAAUGGUUGCAUCUGUGACCAGCACAUCCUACUAGGGACGGUCCAUUCUACUGAUGGGUCACCUCUCAUUGGCAGCAGAGUAGCCAUGCCGGACCAGCCCCUGAUGACGUUAACGACGACUGAUCAGACGGGUUCUUUCCGGAUCCCUGGAGUGUGCGCCCACACCCGGAACCGCGUGCUGGUCGAGCUCAAAAAGUUUGCCCCUUCUGUAUUCCAAGCUGUUCAGAACAGUACAGAAACUUCAGUGAUCAAGGCAACUCUCACGCGAGUGGAAAACCCUUACAUCGUGAAACAUCCAGAGAGUAAAGUGCGGUUUGAAGAUCAGCAGGUGACCUUCUGUUGUAAAGCCACAGGAGCUCCAAAACCACUCAAAUAUUUCUGGUAUCACAAUGGGACACUCCUUGACUCUAAGAAUGAAGGUACUCUUGUGUUGAGGGACAUGAAGAGGUGGCAGGAAGGUGAAUACUACUGUAACGUUACCAAUGGGUUUGGUUCCAUCCGAUCAGCACCAGCAACCCUGACAGUUAUAGCCAAAGGACGACCAAAUUGUAAGUCAGAACCAGUGGAACACUUCAUCAAACUUCCCGAGGACUGCUUCCAGACCGCUACCAAUUCCUUCUACUACAAUGUCGGGAAGUGUCCCAGUGUUGGUUGUGCUGGCAAAUUGAACAACAAGUUCCAGUGUAAGGACGGUACCAGCUACUGCUGUGGGGUGAAGCGGAUGAAGCACAAGGAGAUCGCUUGCCAGGGAUACACCCUCCCUGUCAAGGUGGUAACCAAGUGCGGCUGCAAGAGGUGCACGGAGCCCAGAGUGUUGAUCCGAGGGCAGGCGGUGGCGGCGGAUAAUGGGGAGCCCCUCCGGUUCGGACAGAUCUUCAUCGGGGGUGAGCACGUCGGCCUGACUAGCUACAAGGGGACCUUCACCGUUCAGGUGCCUCACGAGACAGAAAGGCUUGUUGUGCAGUUUGUGGACAGGCUGGGCAAGUUUGUGGACACGGUUAAAGUCUUGCCCUUUGACCGCAGGAGUGGUGCGGUGUACUACAUGGUUAAACUGAUGAGAAGGUCAGAAACAAUCGAAGUUGAUUCCCGUAAAGGCAUCACCAUACCUCUGGGGGAAAUGGAAGGGGAGGACACCAUUGGGGAGAUUAACAUUCCACCCAAUUCCUUCCGUCGAAGAAACGGGGAGAGCUACAGUGGAAAGGUCAAAGCUAGUGUGACCUUUCUGGACCCCAGGAAUAUCAGUCUGGCCAUGACGGCUUCGAGCGACCUCAGGUUUGUGGACAGUGAGGGCAACGCCCAGCCACUGAGAACCUAUGGCAUGUUUUCAGCAGACUUCUGGGAGGAGGCGUCUAACCAGCCUCUGGAUGUGGCUGGAGCGCAGGUGUACCUGGACGCAGCCAGCGUCAAGAUGCCAGAGCACAUUCAGAAGAUGAAGCUCUGGUCACUGAAUCCAGACACCGGUUUCUGGGAGGAGGAGAGCCUCUUCCACGUUGAGAAGAGGAAGCGGAACAAGCGCGAGGAGAGGACGUUCCUGAUCGGCAACAUGGAGAUCCGGGAGCGGCGGCUGUUCAACCUGGACGUCCCCGAGAGCAGGCGCUGCUACGUUAAAGUUCGGGCCUACAUGAGUGAGAAGUUCCUGCCUGGAGAGCAGUUGGAGGGAGCGGUGGUUUCACUGAUUAAUCUUGAGCCACUGCCUGGCUAUAAGGCCAACCCUCGGGCCUGGGGGCGUUUUGACAGUGUAAUAACCGGGCCCAAUGGAGCCUGCCUCCCCGCCUUCUGUGACGCCGACCGACCGGAUGCCUACACUGCUUAUGUCACGGCCACUCUUGGUGCCGAGGAGCUGGAAGCCGCUCCCUCAAGCCCUAAGAUGAACCCCAAUGUGAUUGGAGUAUCUCAGCCCUUCCUGGGCAAGCUGGACUACAGGAGGACCGACCAUGAUGACAAGCAGCUGAAGAAAACGGCCUUUAGAAUCAACCUCCCCAAGCCCAACGCAAACAACAUUGACGAAACCGAUGGGCCGAUAUAUGCUUAUCAGAACAUGAGGGACUGCGAGAACGCCCCGGUCUCGGCCAACCACUUCAGGUUUUACAAAGUGGAGAAGGACAAGUAUGAAUACAACGUGGUUCCUUUUGAGGAGAAUGACUUGACCAGCUGGACCGGUGACCACCUCGCCUGGUGGCCAAACCCACAAGAGUUCCGUGCCUGCUACAUCAAGGUCAAGGUGAAUGGACCAGUGGAGGUCAUGGUGAGGUCGCGAAACUACGGCGGCUCUCACCCAGCGACGACGGGGCAGCUCUAUGGGAUCCGCGACUCCCGCAGCGUCCACGACCUGGUCAAGGCCAACGUCUCGUCAGCUUGCGUCGAGUUCAAGUGCAGUGGCAUGCUGUUCGACCAAAGCGCAGUGGACCGCACUCUCGUGACGCUGAUACCCCAGGGCAACUGCCGCCGAACUGCAAUUAACAGCCUGUUGCAGGAGUACCUGCGCAGGCACCCGCCAUUGGCCGUGAACAACGCCACGUCAGCAUUUAGCAUGCUGGCCCCCGUUGACCCUUUGGGCCACAAUUACGGCAUCUACACAGUGACAGACCAGAACCCCAGGGUGGCCAAGGAGAUCGCCAUUGGCCGCUGCUUUGACGGCACCUCGGACGGCUUUUCCCGCGAGAUGAAGGUGAACAUAGGCAAUGCACUAACCUUCAGCUGUCAGGAGAAGCCUGUGACCCGCCAGAGUCUCUUCCAGCGCCUCCAGAACUCUCCAACUGAGACCAUAGCAGAAAUUGGGGCGGAAAUGAGAAGAAUGGUCCAAACACGACCCGUGCAGUCACGGAUUGUGCCCUACCCCUCGGGGCAAAGGAAUCGCAGGAUCCGGGGAAACGAUCAGAGGAGCAGAGAAGCCCGGCAGUAG